ACGGGAUCGGUGACGGGAUCGGUAAAGGGAUCAGUUACAGGAUCGGUGACGGGAUCGGUGACGGGAUCAGUUACGGGAUCUGUGACGGGAUCAGUUACUGGAUCGGUGACGGGAUCAGUUACUGGAUCAGUUACAGGAUCAGUUACUGGAUCUGUGACUGGAUCAGUUACGGGAUCGGUUACGGGAUCAGUUACUGGAUCGGUAACAGGAUCAGUUAUGGGUUCAGUCACGGGAUCAGUUACCGGCUCUGGAUCAGUUACAGGAUCGGUGACGGGAUCGGUGACGGGAUCAGUUACGGGAUCUGUGACGGGAUCAGUUACUGGAUCGGUGACGGGAUCAGUUACUGGA